AUUUCGGGAACACUACGUGCUUUUAGGAGUCCCGGGUGAAAAACGCGGUUUUGGGAUACGGGGAACUGAAAUCGGAAGAUUGUGAGAAUGCCGUCGUCCAAGAAAACUUUACACUUCUUGACGAGCGCCCUGGCCACCAGCGCCGGUGUCUCCGUGCUGGGCUACGGGAUGUCAGCCCAGUGGUCCUUUUCUGAGAUGGAGUGCUCGGCUAAAGAUACCGACAAUUACAACGGCACGGCAAACGUACAGUUCGGGCUUUUCAAGUGCGGGCUGGCAAAAAAGUCUUGCCCCAGCUUUGACAACGACAAUAAUUUUGAAGUUUUGACGCUACUCCUCAGUGUAGGGGGCACCCCAUUCAUCCUCCACGCCAUUAUCAUAAGCCUGUUGGCCCUCACCUUGCUCAGCUCAGCAGGCAGCUUACUGAUCACUCUGUACAACAGCGUCAGCAACCCUUACGAGACCUACAUGGGACCCUUGGGCCUGUACGUCUGCAGCUCCGUCAGUGGUAUCCUUUCAUUUCUGACACUGGUUUUGUUCCUGAUAAACACGCUAGUGGUCGGUGUGCCUCAAGAGCUUGUUCGGAAUAACGUGGCGGUCAAUCUCAGGGACAUCAACACAGAACUGCAGGUGGGGUUCUACCUGCUGAUCCCGUUCAUGGCCACCAGUGUGAUCGCUAUCCUGUCCGUCUUCAUGUACGAGCACACAGCCUACACCCAGAGGAAGGAGCAGCAGCGGCCCACCGAGGACGCGCCCAAAGACAUCAUGUUGUACUGACCGUCGGCAGUCUCCGCCUGCAGAUCAGAACUACGUGAUGAGGGUGGGGAUAGCGUACGCCUCCUCCAGCACAAAGUCCCCGCGACCCUGUCAGUGACGCUAAGGAAACUGGCAGAUACACUUGGGGAUUUUCUCUGUGGAUGUCCAUUUUAUACUAUUUCUUUCGUAGCCUACUGUUCUCCACAUUGCGGUUUACAGGCGAAAGCGGUCGUUAAUUUAUUUUACCAUAAAUGUAGUAGAAGAAUUUGCAACUUCUCAAAACCUUUCACGGUUUUUAAAAAAAUUGGUUAAGUCAGUUAUCUAGCUAUCUAGCCUUCUUCCUUAUGUCUGGCAAAAUCAACAUCAAAAGAGAUUCAUACGCAUUCAUAAAUCACUAAAACGUACUAAAUUAUCUUUGCUGUUUUACAGCAAAGUAGACAUGGGCAAACAGGAUAUUAUGAGAUGAAGAAGAGGUUUAUUCUGUCAAUUAUGAGUGUAUUCAUAUUUUGUAACAGUAUGUAUAUAUUAAAUCUUGUGUGCGUAUGUAGCUGUUGGAUCAGCCUAUACUUCAGAGCAGGGAUACUUAAAUCUGGCUGUCAAGGCGAGUAGUUCGCAAGCCUACUGCCAGCUUUAAUUCUUUCCCUCUAAUUCGGACUGAUUUAAACCUGGAACACCAGGUGAGUUAAAUAUCAGCCAAUCAGUGGCAUUAAUUGAUUGAUUAACUAUUAGGUAGAAAAGAAAACCAACCAACAGUAAGCCUACUACUGGCCUUGAGGGCCAGAGUUUAGUAUCCCUUGGCCACAGCUAGUAUUCAGAAGAGUACAGUGAGUCAUUCCGGUUAUUAGCUCUUGCACAAUCUAAAGUACAUGCUGUGGCCUAUAACCCACUGAAGUGUGAUGUCAAUUUUGCACCCAAAUAUGGAAUUCCGGUUCCAUUGCCUUGGCACAGUAAUGGCAAAAUGAAUCGCGGUAUAUAAAAUGAUUGCCUGGAACUACGAUGCCAACAAAAUUUUGCUUAAGAUCUUUGGAUUUAAAAUCUUUACUUGUUGAAGUAGCAUCACACCUAGUUUGUCAGCAAAUAGCUAUAUUUAUUUUACUACACGGCGUUAAUAACACCUGUAAUGAAUUCACCCUUCGGCAUUUCUAAUGUCUCAGUUUCAAAUAUAAAAGGAAGAAAUGAUUGGUACACAGGAAACAAAAAUCCUAUCCAUUUUAACCAUAGGCGGAAAAAAAAAAUGGAACAGGAAAUGAUCUGGAACCACCAAAAUGACAAAACUUAGGUGGUCUAUACUUUGCGUUUGGAGUUCAGGACACCUUGGCUUCCAUCUUAAUAACACAUUUACAAACAUCAUUAAUGUAUUUUCUAACAAUGUAUAAUGCAGUGUUUCAUUAAUAUGCUAAUUAAUCAUUUGUAACUGCACAGUAGAAAGUGUUAUUGUUAGUGUUAUCAAUCAAUCAAAAUAUCUGUGACAAUUAUACCUAUUAUAUAUUUAUAUAUAUUUAUAAUAUUUAAUCUCACUAAAAUUAUUGUAUAGUCCUUGCACUAUUUCACUCUAAAAGGCAUCCUGAUUGUUGAUCAUUUCAUUUUUUUUAAUUUUUUACAUUUUUUAUUUUUAUUUUUGUCGUUUUGCAGUAAUUUUACAAUUUUCAGAUUACUAAAAGGAGAAACAGCAACCUUCCCAAAACUCCAUCUAUUUAUAGACUUGUUUGCUCUCAAGGGCUCAAAAUAUAUCUCUUCAAAUCAAGAGGUGGUUCCACCGAACCAUAAACCAACAACCAAGCAUUUACAGCUCUCAUUUAGUAUAGCCACUCCUUAACUGUUUUAAAGAAAAAAAAAUUAACAGUAGGUUUGGCAAUUCUACAGAUUUGUUCUGCAUGUAAGAAAACACAUUUCCUCAUUAGACCUGCUGUAAAACAUUUUAGAUUUGGGGAGUGGAUACGCUGAAAAUCUAUAGGACGUUUUUCGUUCAAACAGAUGCUGAGUUGUUCCCCAGGUGAUAUUGCGGAGAAGUUUCUUAUGUUGAAUUAUAAACAAACGGAACAUUUUCUGCCCUCUGCUGGCAGGUCUUUAUAACAUCACAUAUAUGAAGGAAAAAUUAGAAAACCGAAAUGCACCAUUGUUAUUACUAUUGUUGUCGUAGCAUUAUUUUACUAAUUAAUUAAUCAUUUGUCAUGUAAAUUUAAAUUUAAUUUUACACUUUAAGACUUUUCACUGAUUAGUUUAUCUUACUAAAUAUAGUCAAUGCAAUGUAAUUUCUUAAACUGAACCAACGGGGGAAUUCGACUUAGAUGUUUGCCAUGAGUAAAUAUAAACACAUUAAACGCACUGACAUUCACCCACUGGCAAAUUCCUGUCUAAGGGUACGCAAUGAUGAUUAUGCGUUCUGAAAGGAAGCAACAGAAAAGUGCGUCAGAACGGCGGAAUUGCCGGGAAGCGAGCGGCUGUGGCGAGAGCUGAGUGGGAUGUUCCCAUCCUGCCCGUGUUUACCCCUGACUGAUGUUCCCGGGCUGAGAAAGUGCUGUGUGCUGGUGCCAGGCAAUAAGCCGCUGGAAUAAGCUUGCUUUACACUUCAGUGGGACAUUUCAGCUUAAACAGAUCAUAUUUCUCAGAGGGUCAGCUCAGACUAAACCCUUGUGAAAGUGUGUGCUCUCCUGAAUACUGGAUAUACUCCUGAAAAUACAGGAAAUCCCCCUUCGCCUGUUGAAAAAAAAAACACAUAUAGCAUCGCUGUUAAUCUUAUUGAUUAGCCAAGGGCACAUUUCAUGGCUUAAAUUUGAACUAACAGCCAUUUAAACUGUCAUAUAUCUGCUGUUUAAAUGGCUCUCUGCUCAGGUUGCAUACCUGCAACAACAAUAACAAUAACACUAGUAUACAACAGUCAACUCAAAGUUUUUAAAUAAGAGUAAAAGUUCUGAGGUAAUAUUGACCAAUGCUAUUUUUUGAAUAAUUGUGUUCUCUCGGCGAACACAAGGCCUACAUUUUGCAUCAUGGAUCCAGUGCAAAUGCACAGGAUUAGGAAGAGGAGGUAUCGUUAUCCCAAUCCCAUGUGUCAUCACUCUGAGGUCUGUUUGUACAUGUGACUCCUGGCACUUUUCCAACCAAAACACCUGUGGGGCCCAUCAAAGGGCCGCUUUUUAUCUCUGAGGAUCAGACACCUCCGAAAAUAAAGGUCAGAUGAGCACGAACACACAUUCACCAGAAAUGCCAAGGACAUACAAAAUUAUUUUUGCUCAUCAUUUACACAUGAAGAAACCCACCUAUCCACACCAUCAGAAAUAUAUCAGGAAGCAAUUCUUCUUUUUUAAAGAUAACUAAUCAUUCAAACUAUAACUUUUACAAAGGAUCUUCUUCAGCCCCUUUGGUAAUGUGAUACUCAAGCCACUUUGACUAGCUUUGAAGAUUUGUGUCCAUUCUGAUCUGUUCUCUUUCGUAGCAGUGAUUUGUUUGUCAGGUUAGACAUAACUAAUAAUGAUUUAUUUAGCUCAUAGUAAUUCAGACACCAAAUUUGAAUUUGCAAAACAUGUAUCUACUAGAGUACACAUGUAAGGAUUAAACAUCCUAGGCAGGUUAAAAAAAGGGUGAUACCUUCUCAGUAACAGUGGUGGUAAUGAUCUUUUUUUCAUUAGCAUUUUUUUUAUUUUACAUUUUCAUAUUUCAUAAUCAAUCCAUUGUUUGAACAAAGAAAAAAGUGAAAAUAAAAACUCAAAUCUG